UAUUUAACAUUGAAAACUUAAUUUGCAAAUUUUAUUUUAAUUAGGUGUGGAUUACGAGGUGGUUACUGUGAGCUUGUGAAUAUUGAUCCCGAAGUGAAGAAAAUGCUACUGAAAUGUGUGUCUGCACGUCUCUGCAGCAGUGUUUUAGGACAGGCUGCAAUGGAUUGUGUUGUGAAUCCACCUCAGAAAGGUGAACCCUCAUAUGAGCUCUAUAGGAAGGAGAAGACUGCAGUAUUGGAAUCUCUUAAAGAAAGAGCAGCUUUAGUGGCCAAAACAUUUAAUAGUAUGAAAGGUAUAAAAUGUAAUGAAGUGGCUGGAGCCAUGUAUGCUUUCCCUCGAAUCACCCUUCCUAAAAAAGCAAUUGAAAAGGCAAACUCUCUGGGCCAGGCUCCUGACUUUUUUUAUGCCAUGCAGCUUCUUGAAAAUACAGGUAUCUGUGUUGUACCAGGAAGUGGUUUUGGACAAGUACCUGGAACACAUCAUUUCAGGACAACUAUUCUACCUCAAACUGAAAAAUUGAAGAUCAUGUUAAAACGAUUGGAAGAAUAUCAUGAAAAGUUUUUAGCUGAGUAUAGUUAAGGAAACAUCUUUGGAAUUAACCCGAACCAAAAGGAAUUUUAAGUAAUGUUGAGAGUAAAUGUAGAAUUUGAUUGUUUGUGUGUUAUGUGUAUGGAAAAUGUAUUAUAUUCUAGAAUGAAACAUCUGUUUAGAUGUAAUAGUGUAAUUAAAAGAUUUAUUGUUAUACGUACAGAGAGAUUAUUUAUUCUCUGUAUAUGCUAGUUUAAAAAAAGAUUGUGAUCUGUUGUAAAAGUGUCAUCUCUUCCAGUAUUGGUUAGAUGUUAAUCGUAAAACUUAUAUGGAUAUUUUAUUGUUCUUCUAUGUAUUCAUUGUUAAGCCAUUUAUGGGAAGUACAAAAGAAAAUUCUCUUUUGAUUAGGUAUAUAGAAUGUAAAAGUUUAAAAUGUUAUAUUUUUGUAAGUUUUUUUAGCUUGAUACAUGGGGGGAGGGAAGGAAUGUUAGGAGUUUAAAAACAUAUUACGAAAGAUUUUUUAUUAAACAUAUCGAAAUAAUUUGAAGGAUAAAAAUGCCUAAAAUGAAAACUUCUCUGACUUAGAAACUAUCUUAUCUCUUGCUAAUUUUACAGAAUUAUGGAAUUAUAAUUUCAGUGUUUGAUAUGAUUCUUCAUUGUAUAUAUUAAAUAUAUUUAUAACACAAAAUGUAAGAAAAUGAAAUCCAUCAAGAUCGGGGCUAUUUCAUCGGGUACUGGAAAAGUUCUCUAUAUCUGUUAAAACUUAAAAUCAUUUUACCAUGUUUUAACUCUCAGAUAAUUUUGAUUUGUUUCAAAAAUUUUGAUGUAACAUGUUUUUACAUUCCUGGCAUUUGUUUGACUUUGUGUGUGCAAGAUAGUUAAAAAGUUCCAUUAUACUAACAUUGUGUAAAACAACUUUCAUGUUUAUUUUUAAAUCCUGUAUUAACAGCAUCUUAUAGUUAUUGAUGAUGGAGCAUUUUUUUGUUUUUAUACAACUCCUCUCAUGAGACCUCAGCCUGGACUGUCAAGCCUGCUGAUUGCUCUUGUUUGUGGUACAGAAUAUUUGAUCAUGUAUUUUUGAAAGAAAAAUCAUACAUUAGAUUAGAGGUGAAGUAUAGUUUUAAAUUGCUGCACUUACAUGGAAAGGGAUGAGAAAUAAUACUAGAUAAUUUUUGUCAGUUUUUGGAUAUCUUCACUUGGCUUCAUUUUAAAACUAACUUCACUUUAUUGUAAUUGAGCAAAUUUGAUGCAAGUGCUACUUUUGGAUGAAUACAAAAAGUCAAAUGCAUUUGAAAGGUUAUAAAAAAUUAGUUAUCCAGUAAUAAUAAAUACAUGUUAGCCUGUAACAAAUAUAUUCAAAGUCAGAAAAUAUGGGAAGAGCACUGAAAGAACAUCAUCUGCAACAAUACUUUCAAUGCCAAAUGCAGAAGGGCACAGCAAGCAUUUAUUACUGCCUGAUUGUUUAUUACAGAGAUCUAUCUGAGUUUGAAUGUAGUGUGUUCAUUGAUGCUUGAAAGAUUAAUGUACAGUUUCUGAGAUUGUUGAUGAAUUUGGUUUUGCCUAUGGUAUUGUCAAGAGUUGCAUCAUGAGUACUGGCAUUUCUACAUAUAGAAAGGUCAUCCACAUGUCAUCAAACUUGGAGUUCAUCUAGUUGGCAUAACUGGUACUGAACUGUAGAUGGGUUGCAAAGCAUGAAAUAGAUGCCAGUUCAUGUAUUGGGAUUUUCUGCAAGCCAUAGGAAUGGAGCAGGAGAUUGUGCUAAUCUGUUGGAUUCUGAAGAAAGCUAUGUAGGUGACUGCACAUUUCACAUUUUCAUAAUAAAAGCCUUUAUGUGGUAAAGGCUUUGUAGUCUUGUUUCUUAUACAGUUGGUUCAAGGUAUAGUGUAAAGGGACUUUCUAGCUAUCCUGUACAGUUGGCAUUUAAGUUCCUGAAGUGUUCCAUGUUCAGUUUUAAAACUUUUUUAGUUUAUAUAAAUUAUAUGUAGUCAUAAAUCAUAAGUGUAAAAAUUUAGCAUUUUUCCUAUAUAUUCUCUGAAUAUAUGGAAUGGUGACAUCAUAGUUUUUUAUAUAUAUGAUUGUUCAAUUUGUUUGUAAAAUGCAAAAUUGUACAUUUUUAUGUGUUACUUUGGUCUUCCAGCUAUGCCUUUUUGAAAAUAUAUCGUGAUAUGAAAGAGAAAAAAAUAUUGCAUUGUUGUUCUGCAGAAUUUUAAAACUUUUACUUACUGAAUUUACCCUUUAUAUUUUGUUAAAAUUACAGUACAAUUUUAUAAUGUUCAUGUAUGUAAUCUCAUGUUGUAUGUAUAAAUAUUUUUUUGUGCCUUUCAUUUCUUUAUGUAAAAGAGGAUACUGAAAUACUUCGAAUUCCUAAAAGCUAUGUACAUCCAUUUCAUUUAGAUGAAAACAAUUCCUUUUUUGAAUUAGAUAUAUUUUAAUUUUAUAACAGUUGAUAUAUUUUAAAUAUGUUACAAUAAAAAAUUUUCAAGUUA